AUGUUGGUAGUGCGUCAAGAUCAAAUAACCGGUAAUUCUCAGAAUGUUUCCGUGCCCAAGAAAAUAAGCUACAUGGGAGGAGUUAAAAAAACUUUAAAAGAAAGCUAUGUGCCUAAUGAUAACGAAUGCAUCACCACCCACAUCAAGUUGGCAAAACCUUAUUGUUCAGAGUCCCAAGAUUCAUCCAAUGAAUUGGAUGCUAUUACCGUUUAG